CUGAUAUACAACCUCAUCAACACCUUCAUACUCGGUAGGGUUUAGGGUUUCUGUCCAUUGCUCCAAGGAAGGUGAAAUCGUGUAGCUUAUCAAAUAAAGGAUGCCGGCGACUGAAGUCACGGCGGACGCGUUGUCGGCGUCAGGCCGAACGUCGGAAAAGCUCAGCCUGCCUACGCUUCAAUCUAAAAUGAAAUGCGACCCUGAAGGCUACGAGACCGAACUAAACUUGAUUUACAGCCAAUUCAAGUCGUCUGUAGAACUUUUUCAACAACAGGCGGCACUAAAUUUCACCUCCGUCGUCAGUGGCGGCGUUGGAAGCGACCCUACCGUUGCCAAAGACCUCGGUGACCGGGCCAUGUUCUUGGCUCACGUUACGCCUUUUUACCCUAACCAGCUCCUAAACUAUCCGAAAGAGCUCGUGGAAUUCCUUCGGUCAUCCGCUCGCGUGCUUCCGUCCUCGCUUCGUGUCACUGUUACACAAGCUCUGAUACUUCUUCUAAAUCGCAAGAUUGUUGCCAUCAAGGAGACUCUUGCAUUGUUCAUGGAGCUUCAGGUUUUGACUGAUAAGCCUUUAAAAGAAUUGGCAUUCUCUCAUAUCAUUCAUAGUAUCAAGCGUAUGAAUCAGAAACACAAGAACGAAACGGAAAACAGAGCUCUUCAAAGUAUUUUAUUCUCAAUGCUACAGGAAGAGGAUGAAAAGAAAGCAAUGAGGUCACUUGUCACAAUAUGUGAUCUUCAUAGGAGGAAGGUCUGGUUUGAUGAUAGAACAGCCAAUGCUAUAUGUCGGGCAUGUUUUCACCCAUCAUCAAGGAUUAUGAUUGCAGCUCUGUCAUUUCUUCUUGAUUAUGAAAAAAUUGAGCAAGACAAUGACAGUGACGAGUCAAGUGAUGAAGAAGAAGCAAUCCAACAACAUCAUGUUGUCGUUAGUAAAGAAGCUAUUUACAAGGCCAACAAUACAGGGACAACAUCCAGCAAAAAGAAAAAGAAAGCAAAGUUGCAGCGUGUGAUUCGUAGCAUGAAAAAGAAACAACGUAUCUCAUCUGAAAGGAAUGAUAACUUAAACUACUAUUCACCACUCAAUGCUUUAACAGACGCACAGGGGUUUGCUGAGAAGCUGUUCUCACGACUUCAAACUUGUAGUGAACGCUUUGAGAUAAAAAUGAUGAUGGUGAAAGUGGUUGCGCGUACUGUUGGACUUCAUAGAUUGAUUUUAUUGAACUUUUAUCCUUUUCUUCAGAAGUAUGUUCAGCCCCACCAAAGGGAUGUGACAAACUUGCUAGCAGCAGCUGUUCAAGCCUGUCAUGAUAUGGUGCCACCUGAUGCAGUUGAACCAUUAUUCAAGCAGAUAGUUAAUCAGUUUGUGCAUGAUAAGUCACGUACAGAGUCGAUUGCUGUUGGGUUGAAUGUUGUGCGUGAAAUAUGUUUGCGUAUUCCUCUGUUAAUGACAGAGGAUUUGCUGCAAGAUCUUGUGCUGUAUAAGAAAUCACACGAGAAGGCAGUUUCAUCAGCUGCUCGUUCACUUAUUUCAUUGUUCAGAGAGAUUUGUCCUUCACUUCUGAUAAAGAAGGAUCGUGGUCGGCCUACUGAUCCAAAGGCAAAGCCAAAAGCAUUUGGUGAGGUUACUGUUCCCAGUGAUGUCCCUGGGGCUGAGUUGCUUCUGGAUGAUGAUGUCAGCAAUGCUUCUGAUGAGGAUGCUGAAUCUAUUGAUGCUGACAUCAGCACUCAAGGAGGUUCGGAAUCUGAAGAAGAAGAUGAUGAUGAAGAAAUGGGAAGUGAAGAGGAUGAAGUAUCUGAUGAGGAGGAGGAGGAGGAGGAGGUGGAUGGGAUGUCUAUUGAUUCAAGGGGAUCUGAGAAAAGGAAAGGGCAAAAAAGGAAAUUUGAAGAUUUUGAUGAAGAACUUGAUGGAGCCAAUCAAAGUCUUAGGGCUCUUAAGAGACUUGCAGGAGCUAGAUUGGAGAGUGAGGCAAUAACAGAAGAGCCAACAACAGAUGGUAUUCUCUCAAAUGAAGAUUUUCAGAGAAUCAAAGAGCUAAAAGCAAAGAAGGAUGCAAAGGUUGCAUUGGCAAAUCAUGGAAUUUUGAAAAAGUCUUCAGAUCCAAAAUCAACAGUCUUUAAGGUCCCAACAUCUGAUCAACUCAGUUUGAAAAGAGUCGAUGGAUAUUCACUUGAAGCUAACAUAAGAAAAAAGAUGACAAAGGAGGAAAGGAAGGCUUUGAUCAAAGCAGGAAGAGAAGAUGGGGAAAAGUACCAAUCAAGAGCUGCUACCAAACAGAAAAAGACUGGUGGAUUAAGCAAUCAGCAAAAGGAACACAAGAAGGCGAUGCCUUUAGCUGCCAAGAGAUCAAAGAUCGAAAGAUCACGCCGUCAGAAAAAGCUCAAGGCCAAGACAGCUGGCAAACAGUUUCGUGGUCGCAAAGCAUGGAAAUGAUUCAUAUCUGGAAAGCAAGCACAUUCACAAUUUUGCCCUUUCAAAAAGCAAAUUCUGUUAUUUUACUUUUUAUUUUACAGAUUUUAGUGCCAAAACGGAGACAUAAUGUGAUAUAGUAUAAUUUAUUUUUUCAUUGUGUAUUACAGAGUGAGUUGCGUUA